UAUUUCCCUUGCAUGGCUAAGGAAAUUUUCUGUGAUGUUUAAGAUUUGCCGAUUUUUGUCUUUUGUCCUGUAUUCUUCUUUCUUUGCUGCACAGCCCUGCUAGCUAAGAUCAAGGUGUUCAGAGUUCCUGAUUUACCUUUGACUCAGUACCAGUGCCACUGAGGGCACUUGGCCGCUCAACAUCAAGUGUAUGUGUUACAGAAAAAAAAAGCAGCAAUUGAGUAAUUUUUCCACUCGUCAUAUUAGUCAGAUGGGCUUCCCCCCACCCCGCCAUGUGAUGCCUGGAUAUAAUUUCACUUAGAGCAGUUUGAGAAAGCAGACGUUUGCAGAUUAAACUCGUGAAAAGGAGAUGUAAAACAUCAAGUGCUGCGAGGGACAUGAGGCACUGACGAGCGGGCUCGGCCCGGGCUCCGCUGCGGGGCUGACGGGCGCGCUCUGAACUCGGAUGAACGCGGCAGCAGCGAGUUGGAAACAGCAUGAAUACCUCGGUUCUCGCCUCACCGGGAAAUAUUUCCGGUCAUCUGAAUUUUUCGGAGAUGAGCUCGCAGAUCUUGCAGUUUGAGGAUGAAGAUUGCCAUGUGCCUUUGGCCAUGAUCUUCACUUUGGCCUUGGCUUAUGGGACUGUGAUAAUUCUGGGAGUCUCUGGGAAUCUGGCAUUGAUUGUCAUUAUUUUAAAACAAAAGGAGAUGCGCAAUGUCACCAACAUCCUCAUUGUCAACUUGUCGUUUUCUGAUCUCCUAGUGACCAUCAUGUGUCUUCCCUUUACCUUUGUGUACACUUUAAUGGACCACUGGAUUUUUGGGGAGGCUAUGUGCAAGCUGAACCCUUUUGUGCAAUGUGCUUCCAUCACCGUCUCUGUCUUCUCUUUAGUCCUCAUUGCAAUUGAGCGCCAUCAGCUGAUCAUAAACCCCCGCGGCUGGCGGCCGAACAACAGACAUGCCUACAUGGGGAUUGCUGCCAUAUGGAUUUUAGCCACAGCCUCCUCUUUGCCUUUCCUGAUCUACCACGUAUUAACAGAUGAGCCCUUCAGAAAUGUAACAUUUGAUGAAUAUAAGAACAAAUAUGUGUGCUUGGACCUGUUUCCCUUGGACACUGCCAGGCUUUCUUAUACCACAACGCUUUUGGUGAUUCAGUACUUUGGACCACUUUGUUUUAUAUUUAUUUGCUACCUGAAGAUAUACAUACGGUUAAAAAAAAGGAACAACAUGAUGGACAAGAUGAGAGACAGUAAGUACAGAUCCUCUGAAACCAAAAGGAUCAACAUCAUGCUGAUUUCAAUAGUGGUUGCAUUUGCAGUUUGCUGGCUGCCUCUCACCAUCUUCAAUAUCAUGUUUGAUUGGAAUCAUGAAAUUCUGCCUGUUGCUACCUGCAGCCACAACCUGCUGUUCCUGAUUUGCCACCUCACUGCCAUGAUCUCCACCUGUGUGAAUCCCAUCUUCUACGGGUUUCUCAAUAAGAACUUCCAAAGAGACCUGCAGUUUUUUUUUAAUUUUUGUCAUUUGCACUCCCGUGAGGAGGAUUAUGAGACUAUAGCCAUGUCUACCAUGCACACAGAUGUUUCAAAAACCUCUUUAAAGCAGGCAAGCCCCAUCACAUUUAAAAAAAUAAAUAGUGAUGAUGAUGAAAAAAUAUAAAGAAGUAAUAAAAAUUCUACACCAAACUGCAAGAAGUGUGAUUGCAGGUGAAAUGUGUCCAAGGAUAAGCACAGUUGCAUAACAAGUACAUCUUUUUCUUCCUUUUCCAAGCAACUUUGAUUGUUGUAGCUUUCAAAUUAUGUGCCGUACAUUUUUGCCCCUUUUACUGCUUUAAUAUAGAAGUUAUACCGGAAUUUUAUUGUAAGAUAUAGUCAGACCUGCUACUACCUAUGGUUUUCAUCAGCUGUUUUUGUUCUGUUUUCUUUGUACAGUUCUGUGCUUCUGCACAAAGAUUUACUUACUGAUUUUUUUUCAAAGAAGUAGUUUUCAGGAGUGUCCAUUUAAAACCAUUAGAAAAAAUGAACCACAGGGACACUGUCAUUACAGAGGAUAUCCACCAAAUAAUAAAAUUAGGAAAUUCUGAUUUGAAGAUGACUUUUUAAAAAAAUUCAUCGUUUGAAAAAAUCCUGUAAAAUCAGUGUAGGUAUGCAAAAAAAGAAUUAUGUAAAACCUGUAUAAUAUGUUUGAAUGGGGACAUACACUUGUCUCAUUCAAAGAGGCAAUUUGGGCCGUAAUCACUUAGUUUCAAAGACGGGAUUAAGAAAUUCUGUUCUCAUUUACAAUAAUAAAACCCUACAGUAAUUCCACAGAGAACAAUGGGAUAACUAAUGCUUCAGCACAGCAAAUGAAAACAUAAAUGGGGCUUCUGUCCCAAAUGAUUACAGGUGGUUUUAAUAACACAGGCUUUUUAAUUAAAAAAAUCCAAACCCCAUCUUCAUCUGGCAGGAGUUACUAUUACUGGGAUGAAAUGUAUCAUCUGUUCUGAACCUGUGAACCAUGCAAAUUCUCCUUGAGACCUAUGUCCAGAAUCUAGAGGCAGAUGGGACUGUUUGCUGUCUGGACAAGGUGAAAUCCCAUCCUCACAGGUGACAGAGAAAUUCAGGUCUAGUAUUAAAAAGUAAGAUUGGGCUACCUGAGUAUUUUCAUAGUAAUUAGUGUUGACCUGUAUAAAUUAUGUAUAGUCUCAUAAUACUUUCUGUUCAAAUGCAAUGGCAUAAACCUGGAUAAUCUCCAAGACAAAUGAUAGUUUAAUGAAGACCUGCAAAAUUUAAAAGAAGGAUAUGAAUAUAGUUUGGGUAUAAUUGGUAUGUUUAACUUCCAAACUCACAGUUCCCACAGUUGGUUGAAGUGUGGAAACAUUUGCCAAAUAUACACAAUAGACCUCUGCUACUGUAUAAAAUAUAUAUCCUCUAAUUAAACAAAAUACUAAUGGCUAGAUCCCAGUUGAGGGAAAGCAUAUAACUUGACUGCUGUAAAUGAAAUUACAACAAUACCAGCCAGCUGAGGUUUUGUGUUAUGCAGUGUACUUUGCUAUAUCAUCAUGUCUUUUUGAAUAAUCAACUUUUUAAAAUACAAUAUAAGACCCUACUUUCUUUCAGCAAGGUCACUUUAAAUCAUUCUUGCAGACAAGAGGGUCUUUAAAAUGGAUAUAAAUGUAAAUGCAACAUAAAUGGAAAUCUGAUGUGAUAUAUUUCUGAGCAAAAAUAUCUCAGGAUAUGAGAUAUUAUAGUAAAUUUAAUAUGUUCUAAAAUUGACAGAGAUAAAUGCCUAAGAAAUUAAAAUUAUUUGGGUUGCAAGUAUUUAAAAGUGAAGCACUGUGCCUUGUGCUGUCUUAUAAAUAGAAUAUUAAAGUAGCAAUGUGUUCUUGUGCAUUAUAAUUCCAUGUAUUUCUCUACUGUAAGAUAAUUUAAUUUAAAAGGAGUUUUCUGUGCUUGAGAACAGAAGCAGAAUGUAGAAAAUUAAUAAUAAGACAGAAGGUUCUUUCAGAGCUUUGGCCUUUUGUAUUUUAUGAGAUUUUCAUUUUCUUUGUGCUUCUCCAUGGAAUGUGUUGUUAGUAACGUGACAAGGGUUUCCUGAGAUUACUUUUCUCUCACUUUGCAACAAUUUUCAUAUUUCAAAGGAUGUGUAUUUUCACAAUGAGAUACAAUGUACAAAAACAGCUAUGGGUUUUUUAUUAAGAACAUCACAGUGGGUUUUUCCCAUUGCAAAAAGCCACUGUGAAUUUUAUGGCUUUUUUCCUCCUUUUUUUCUCUCUUUUUUUUCCCUUUUUAUAAAGCACUUUCUUUCAAUGUAGUGCAAAAAGAAAAUUCACUCAGUUGAGAAACUUUUCAGUUAGUUUGUUGUAAAUUUUUGACCUAGCUGAAUUAGGUGCUUAUACAGGGGAGGUGUAGAGGAAGUUUAGAGGAGCCUGCUGGUGCUCAGGGACCUGAACCAGGUGUGUCCUAAGAUUUGGAGGUCUCCAGUGGGAUAGCAAUGUAAUUCUUCCUAUGUCAGCAUUUCUCUUGCUUGAGGUACAGUCUCAAAUCAUGCAGCCCAUCUGACACUGUGUCAUACUAUCUCCUGAGAAGGCAUGUCAGGUGUUUUUUGCCCAACAGCACUUGAUAAACAGGGCAAAAUGGUAGCAUUCCUCCUCCUCAGCCUUGUUAAGCUCAGGAACCGUUUUUCCUCUGCACUGCUGUCCUAGGAUCAGGCUUACAGUGAUUUCACGAAUACAAGCCGCACUGAG